AUGCUUAUUACCAAAACAUUUCAUGAUGUCCCGUCGAAACUGUCAGGCGGCAGACCAGUCCGAAUCUUUAUCAUAGCACCAAAUCUGCCCAAUUAUCCAAGGGCCAAGUUUCCAGGCGAUGAAAUUUACCAGGUCACCGGCCCAGUAGAACGGUUUGCGGGACAGAUUGCGAGUCAAGGCUAUGUUGUCGCCUGCCCAUCGAGCUUCCACGAAUUUGAGGGUCCGGAACCGAUCCCUUACGAUACAGAGGGUACUGACAGGGGCAAUAAAUAUAAAGUCGAGAAGGAGCUGAAUGCGUACGAUGAGGAUGCAACGCUGUCAAUUGAUCUGCUAUGCUCUUUGAGCAACUGCAAUGGGCGUAUCGCAGCGACUGGUAUGUGCCUCGGAGGUCACCUUGCGUUCCGCGCGGCAUUCGACUCGCGAGUUUUGUCGUCCGUGUGUUUCUUCGCAACGGACAUUCAUGGUGCAACACUUGGAAAAGGAAAGAAUGACGAUACGCUUGUGCGAGUCCGCAAUGGCGACCUGAAGGGCAAAGGCGAACUUGUGAUGAUAUUCGGCAAGCAGGAUACACACGUUCCCCGCAGCGGCAGAGACCUCAUCCGCAAGACAUUGGAGGAUGCAGAUGUGACGACAUCGUUUCUUGAAGUUCAGGCGCAGCACGCAUUCAUUCGGGAUGAAUCAUCCAAGGGCAGGUGGGAUGCGGCAUUGACGAGAUCAUUGUUUGCGUUUAUGAUGGAAGUGUUCGAGCGGACUGUUGGAAGGGAUCUGGGUCCGCGCGUUGAGCAAGGAGGAGACAUUGCGCAUGUGUGUUGAGCAAGCGAGACGAUGUCAACUAUAAAUGUCAGUCUAGUUAGACUCGGCUGCAAAUAAAUAGAAUGAAUGCGCCUCGUCCGUUUGCGUGAGCGCUGACGUCGCGCGUCGUCAGUAUCCGUCCUUGCACUCAGCCGCCAACGUCGCCGACAGUAUGGCGUCCCGCCGUCGUUUAGACAUAAGUUCGCUGUUGUGCGACAACGAGCAGGCAUCGACGAAUGUGUCAGACAGUCACGCCUCGCGUUCGCCGGUGCAUUCACCCACUGGCACACAACAUCGACAGGACACGCAGCCAGCCGCAGCCCAAGCUCCCGCCCGCCUGCACUUGGCUAUUGAGUAUAGCGCAUCCGUUCCAAAGAAUAGUACCCACAGUGGUGCCCACUAUGAGUAUCCUUACCGGCGACAUCAACAGGUUAGCCCGACGCUCCACGGCAGUCCUACGUCGCGACCAUCAUCAACCGUCCUUACCCCGCUCGCCCUUCAGCCCUCUCCGCCCCGGCGACGCACGCCUUCUCCCCCAUUUACACUGUCGUCUGCGUCGUCGGUAGACCCUAGUAACCCUCUUCCGCCUAGACGUCGUUCGGAAGACCUACAAGGCUCCGAUUUCCCGCGCCGUGGGUCAUACACUACGCAAGACCGAACGCAUCCCCAUCCGUACACCCAUUAUCCG